AUGGUCGUCAAUUUGGCGCCGGCCCUGCUGCUAUCGUUGGCGAUGGUGGUGGCGGCGCAAGAGAAUCCAUCAGAAGCGUGCACGAAAGCGCUCAACGAUUGCGAGAAUGAUUUGGAAUGUCAAAAUCGAUUGGCGCCAAUGAUGGCCGCAUGCACAACCGGCACAUGCCAACCGCAAUGCCGAAGCGCCGUCCUCAACGUCUACCAAAACAAAUUGGGUCGUGUGCUUCUCCGCACCGACGCCACCUGCAUUCCGGGACGCGACGAGCUUCGCGCGUGCCACUUCCUGCCGGCCGAAUCGACCGUCCAUUGUAGUCUCGGCAAACUCGCGUGCGAAGCCGAUUUGCAGUGCAAUUCCAAAUUCGGCGUGUUCAUGUCGGAAUGCGAGCCGGACGCGGCGCGUGGCGUGUGCUCCGACAAAUGCAAAUCGCUUCUGAAUCAGACGAUCGAGACCGCCGUCGGAGCGGUGUUCAAUAAUUGCACGUGCACAACACGCGAUGACCAAUUAUGCACCAAUUUGAAGGAUAAUUUGCUAGCCGUCUGUUUAAAGAGUGCUCCGGGCGGUGCGACCCUCUCACCAAAUGACAACUCGGUCACCGAUGGUCCCAACGAUUUGGCCGAUUCCUACGGACCAUUGAGAACUGUGCCGUUCGCGUUGCUCGCCGUUCUCAUUGCUUAUUUCAUUUUCUAA